AUGAUGUCCUCUGUUCUGCGCGCCCGCGCGCCCAUUUCGCGCCUCGCAUGUCGCAUUCCGAGCUCCAGCACACGCUCCUUGGGCACUUACGCCACUUUCAAGGUGCCCCAGAUUAACAAUGAACCUAAUAAACACUAUAUUCCUGGAACCCCGGAUCGCAAGGGCCUCGAGGAGGCUUUGGCUAAGUACACGCAGAAGGCUCCUUUGAACGUGCCUCUGGUUGUUGCGGGCAAGGAGCUCAAGGGAUAUGAAACCUUCACCCAGUCUAACCCCGCAACCCAUGCUCCUGUGGCAACUUAUUCCAACGCAUCAAAGGCCGAUGUUCAGUCCGCCAUUGAUUCGGCUCUCGCAGCUCGCAAGUCCUGGGCCGAGACUCCUUUCUCCGAGCGUGCUAGCAUCUUCCUCAAGGCCGCUGAUCUUAUUGCGACCAAGUACCGCUACGACAUUAUGGCCUUGACUAUGCACGGACAGGGCAAGAACGCGUGGCAAGCUGAGAUUGAUUCCGCCGCUGAGCUAUGUGACUUCUUCCGAUUCGGCGUGAAGUACGCCGAGGAGCUUUAUGCCCAGCAACCUGCUCACAACGCUACCGGUGUGUGGAACCGUCUUGAGUACCGCCCUCUUGAGGGCUUCGUUUACGCGAUCAGCCCCUUCAACUUCACCGCAAUCGGCGGUAACUUGGCUGGUGCACCCGCUCUGAUGGGUAACGUCGUGGUCUGGAAGCCCUCGCCUUCCGCGAUUGCCUCCAACUGGCUCGUGCACCAGAUCCUGCUUGAGGCCGGUCUCCCUAAGGACGUCAUCCAGUUCGUUCCUGGUGACGCCGCGGAAGUGACCAGCACCGUCCUUGAGAGCCGCGACUUCGCUGCUCUUCACUUCACCGGAAGCACUGAUGUCUUCCGUAUGCUCUACGGUAAGAUCUCACAGGGCGUGGCGGACGGUAAAUACCGCAGCUACCCCCGUAUUGUGGGUGAGACCGGUGGCAAGAACUUCCACUUGGUGCACAAGUCCGCAGAUGUCCGCAACGCCGCGGUCCAGACCGUGCGCGGUGCUUUCGAGUUCCAGGGCCAGAAGUGCAGUGCCACCUCCCGUGCCUACAUUGCCUCUUCGAUCGCCGAGGACUUCACCCAGCAGGUCGUCGCUGAGGUGCAGAAGAUUAACGUUGGCGAGCCAUCUGAAUUCACCAACUUCUGCGGUCCCGUCAUCCACGAGGCCUCAUUCAACAAGCUGUCCGGUGUCAUCGAGGAGGCUAAGAACGACCCGGAGCUUGAGCUGCUCGUCGGUGGAACUUACGACUCUUCCGCUGGAUGGUACAUCCAGCCUACGGUCUACCGCACCACCAACCCUGACCACCCUCUGCUGUCCCGCGAGCUUUUCGGUCCCGUUCUGGUCAUUCACGCCUACAACGACGCCACCGACGCCGACUUCACCAAGAUCUGUGACAAGAUCGAUAGCACCAGCACCUACGCUCUGACCGGCUCCAUCUUUGCCCAGGAUCGUGCGGCUGUCCAGGUCGCCGAUGACGCUCUCCGCAACGCCGCUGGUAACUUCUACAUCAACUGCAAGAGCACUGGUGCUGUUGUCGGCCAGCAGCCCUUCGGUGGUGCCCGUGCUAGCGGUACCAACGACAAGGCUGGCAGUGCCAACCUGAUGUCCCGUUUCGUCAGCUUGCGCUCCAUCAAGGAGGAGUACGUUCCCACAUACACCGUUGCGUACCCCAGCAACGCCAACUAAUGGAUAACGCUCCCCCAUCCCUGACCUUCGAGUUGAUCUUGCGUGCUUUAUGAUCUCAUUGGCGUCAAUCUUGCAUCUCACCCCGGCGUUUUCUUAAAUUGUGUC